GCGCCUGAAGAGUGAUUACUGUUUUGCAUCAUAAAAACGUUGACAACUAUAAAUAAAUUACUAUUUCACGGUAUUUUUAAAAUAGAAAACUUAUUGCUACCAUUUGUGGAACAUUUCGACUGAUUUAAUAGCGAAAGUUGCUCAAAACUAUGGUGUGUGUUCGUUUACCUUUCAAAAAAUGGGUCAAUUUUUAAUUACCGGUUAAUUAAUCGUCUCUCCAAAUUGAUUUUCUUGAGCUACCAACUGUGAAAUAAUGGCAUCUCUAUGGGUUGGUUCUGAAACCGAUUUACCCACUUUACAGAAGUGCAGAAUGGCAGAUAGGUUAGAAUUUCGAUUGACCUGUUUACACAAUAAAAAGACUCUUGAUCAAGACAACAAAUUUGAGUUAGUCGAAAGCAAAUCUUUGGAAGAGGACAGUGAAAUUAAUAGGAGACAAAGUCGAUCGGGAACUUGGCCGAGAACCAGAUCUUUGAAUGCACCAUCGCCUGUUCAACAAUUUGGACCAUGUGGCCGAAUAAUGAAAAAUUCUUCUAUGGUCAUGACCAUACAAGAUCCUGCUAGUCAAAGACUGACUUGGUACAAACCACCUUUAACAGUACUUGUGAUAAAAAAAGUUCGUGAUGCGAGCGUAUAUUCACCAUUUGUUCAACUUGUCCAAUGGCUCAUCGAGGAAAAACGAAUGGUUGUGUUCGUGGAAGCAUCCGUAAUGGAGGAUAACCAUUUAGAAAGCUAUAAGGCUUUCGCGAACAUUAAAGAAAAAUUGAUGACGUUUAGAGAUGGAAAAGACGAUCUCACCGACAAAAUAGAUUUCAUCAUUUGUUUAGGAGGCGACGGAACCCUUCUCUAUGCCAGCCAGUUGUUCCAGCAAUCAGUUCCUCCAGUAAUGGCAUUCCAUCUUGGCUCUCUAGGUUUUCUCACACCAUUCCAGUUCGAAAAUUUUCAAGAACAAGUUAAUAAUGUUCUCGAAGGUCACGCAGCUUUAACAUUAAGAAGCCGUUUGAGGUGUAUAGUGAUGAAAAAGGGCGACGGUCAAAAUAAAUCAAAUGACAAGCCAACUAAAGUUCCUACAAACGUUUUGGUAUUAAAUGAAGUAGUUAUUGAUAGGGGUCCCUCACCUUAUUUAUCAAAUAUAGAUUUAUUUUUGGAUGGUAAACACAUAACUUCGGUACAAGGCGAUGGUCUAAUAGUCAGCACACCAACCGGUAGUACCGCAUACGCAGUAGCAGCAGGUGCUUCUAUGAUACAUCCCAGUGUACCUGCGAUUAUGGUAACUCCGAUUUGUCCUCAUUCCCUUAGUUUUAGGCCAAUCGUGGUUCCUGCUGGAGUAGAGCUUAAAAUAUCAGUGUCUCCAGACAGUCGAAAUACUUCAUGGGUUUCGUUUGAUGGAAGAAAUCGGCAAGAGCUCGUACAUGGAGAUAGUUUAAGAGUAACAACAUCGAUCUACCCAGUUCCCAGUAUAUGUGCUCAGGAUCAAAUCUCAGAUUGGUUCGACUCGCUGGCAGAGUGCCUCCACUGGAACGUCAGAAAGAGACAAAAACACUUGGACGAACUAACGGACCUCACGCAUUCAAGCUCCAAUGAUACCUUAGAUUCCAUAGAAAGGGACAUCUUAGAAAAGGAAGAGAAGUCAUAAAAAUUUUUGUUUUCACUAAAUCGUUCGGAAAGGGAAUCAUUUGUGCACAAUUUUUUAAAUGUUUUCAACUUUUAUCAGUUUUAUUAUGUUUUUAAGAACAAUUUUAAGCGGUUAAUAAAGGCAUAUUUUGAUUAUACUUUCUCAGAUGUGUUGUAUACAUAUCUUUAGUUAAAAAAAGAACACUGAUGAAUAGAAAUGCGUAAAAUGUAAUAUUAAAUAUUACAUUUUACGCAUUUCUAAUGUUUUAGAUAUAAUAAUGGUUACCAUUGAAUACUGAAUAUCAAAUAGCUACAUGCCGUAUCAAAUUUUAUAUUCGAAAAUUUUUAGGUUUGGUUUCUAGACAACCACCAGGAAACGCAUGGAACUCUUAAAGUUUCUGUAGUAUAUGGAGAAAAAUACUUACAUUAUUCUCUAACCUAACUAAGAGAAACCAGCUAUCUAAAAGCGAGAGUAAGCAGGGAGAAAACUAUACACAUAUUUUCUUUAGUUUUACCCUGCUGUUCAUAUCUUCUUUCGAUCAGUUUGUACUAUUACUAUAUAAUCCCUUUUAUAUCGUAAUAUGUCUCCAAGCCUGUCUAUCCCGCUAGAGGUUUCAUUCUGACAUUACUUUGGUUAUUCCGUCUAGCCAUGUUGUAAGUAGUCUGCCUCGUUUUUUCUUUUCGUCAUCUUUUUUGAGAGUUGUUUCUCUCCCAUUCGUCUUACUUGUUCUUCUUCUUUUUUCUGUGGGUGUCUUAUGCUAUGCAGGGUGCAGGCGUUCAUGCGGAUUGUCGAAUAUACAGCGAUCCUUCUUCGUCUUCUUAUUAUUGUACUGACAUCAGGUAUGCCUCACCAGUUUCUUAUGUCUCUGGACCAUAAAUGUUGCUUUCGCUCAGGACCUCUUUGGCCUGCAGCUAGCUAUGACAUUUACCAGAUUUCAUUUGUUUUUAGUAUCUAGAAUAUGAAACCUUUCGCUGCUUAACGAGAUCUAACAAUUCUCUUUGUUUUGACAUUGACUCUUUUUAGGACCUCCACAUUUGUUACAUGCUCCAACCAAAGAAUUCUCUAAGCACCAUCCACACGAUUCGGAGAUCUUACUAUUAAGUGACCAAGUCUUACUUCCGCACCUAUGCAGCAUUUUAAGACCCGGUUUCUAAGGUUUAAACGAACUUCAUGAUGAAAGAGGGAUUUGUCAAAUUUAAUGAUGUUAUCGCUACUCUUAUCUUCACUCCCAGGUCACAGUCCCACUUGCUGUUAGAGAUACAUAUUUAAGAAAUUUAAAUCUUUCCAUAUUUUUAAAUAUUUCUGAUUACUAUAUAUUUGGUGCUAAACGCAUCCAUACCAUAUUAAUUGUUGCUAUUGUAUACGUUUUAUUAGCAUUUCUUCUACUUCCAUUUACCUUCUGAUUUCUUGGUUUCUAAUAUACUCGUUCCAGUCUAGAUCUCCCUCUUCUUCUUAAGGUUCCAUCUUCUAACGAAGGUUGGAUAUCAACAUGGCAAUUCUUACUUUACUUACAGCAGCUCUAAAUAGUUGGCUAGAGCUCAGACUAAACCAUUCCCUUAGAUUUCGUAGCCAGGAGGUUCGUCUUCUUCCUACAUCUCUUUUACCUUUUAUUUUGCCCUCUAUAAUCAAACGUAGUAGCCCAUAACGAGGACCUCUUAAUAUAUGACCGAAAUAUUCAAGUUUCCGCCUCUUAAUUGUCUGUACAAUUUCUUCCCUCUUAUUAACCCUAUCAAGGACUUCAAUAUUGGUAAUUUUGUCUACCCAUGCUAUUCGUAGCAUCCUUCGAUAACACCAACGCUCAAAAGCUUCCAAUUUCUUAAUCUCCAGUUGUUUCAAUGUCCAUGCCUCAGAUCCGUAGAGCAAGGUUGUAAAAAUGUAGCAGCGCAAUAACCUUAUCCUUAGAUCCAUUCUUAGGUCUCUACUACACAAUAGAUGUUUCAUUUUUACAAAUUUUGCCCUUGCUAUUUCUAUACGGCUUUUAAUCUCUUGCGUUUGUUCUGCGUUUUGACUAACCAAUGUUCCUAGAUAUUUGUAUUUAUCUACCCUUUCUAUCUGGAUAUUAUUAAUAUGGAGUGUCUCGUUGUCUUUUGGAUGUUUUGUAAUGACCAUGAAUUUUGUUUUCUUUAAGUUCAUUUUAAUACCAUAUAUGGUACACUUUUCAUUCAGCCGUUCCAGUAUGUUUGACAGACUUUGCAGAGUUGAAGUGAAUAUGACAGUAUCAUCGGCAUAUCUUAUAUUAUUAAUAAUUUCACCAUUUAUUAUUAAGAUCUCCCUGCUGCUCUUUAAUAUGUUUCUGUUAUAAAGUAGAAUUCAAUACUUCUCUUACCUAUUUCCCUUGGCGAUUCCGUCUCUAGUUAUCUCUGGACAGCUUCCUUUUGUUGUUAGCUGUAUGCCAAGAUAUAAACAUUGAUUUUAAUUUUUAAUUUUAUCUUUUUCUUAGUACAGAUCUGCAGGCAAUUCUGUACUUCCUAUGCAAAUAUAUUGUGUUUUGCCUCUGCUUUUAAAUUGUCACCCAAAAUUGUAUUCGCACAAACAAGUACUUGAAUAUUGUAAAUAAUUUUUUAUGAACCUCACCAAUAAUUAUUGCUUUAAGUUCAUUAAACACUGUUCUUGGAUUAUAGUACGCCUGGAUGACGCAAAUCACGGAUUGGAACAAUACAGUUGUCGACAACAACUAAAGUCACUUGAGUAAAUUAUUGACCAAAGAUAAAAAUUUCGGUUUACCCCAUCAUUUUUACCUAUAAUUUUUAAGUAAAAUCAAUCAAGACAUUUUUUUUUGUUUUCAAUCUGUAAAAUGAUCUUGGCGUAUUACUCGUUAAAUCUUAAUCGGCAGACUCGCACAUAACUCCCAAAUCAUCUUACGGGCAUCAUUAAUAUGGUGGAACUAGAUACUUUCUUUCAGAAUUCACCUUAUCUUUUGAGGUUUUAAAAAAAUUUCUUGUUUUGACAGUUACUCUACUGAUAGUAUUGAUAUUCCAGUUGGUAAACUUUUUAGUUAUUUUAUACAAGAGUAACUAGCAAUAAUCCAGCAAUUUCCUGUUAUUAUCUUUUUCUUGUUUUCUUUAAACCUUAAGUUGACGAAAUCGCAAAACAAAAUUAAUUAUCUAAUACAAAUCCGGCUCGAAGGCCCAUAAAGAUAUGGAAGUGAUUACCAAAAAAUAGGUCAGAAUAGGACCCUUACACGAUACAACUUUUAGGCUACACUGGGAGUAUUAAAGAGACAACUCUUACUUCUCAUUGUUCUAUCAAUAAGUCUAAAAUCUAAACGAAAAUAUGAAAUAUAAUGAUCCAUUAUUAUGUCUAUUGUCUGUUAAUUUAUAUUUAAACUCGAUCGAAAUUAUUAAUUAUUAGAUUUUUUCAAAAUUUACAUUUUUACUUAAUUUUUAAAUUAUAUUAGACAGUAGGAACUGCAAUACUUGUUAAACAAGUCUAAAACAUUAUAUUGGUGCCUUAAUCCUAUUAUGACACAAAACUUCCAAUUAUUAUACUGCACCAAAACCAAUGUACACUCUAUAUGAAAUAUUUAUUCUAUUUUUAAGUUGAACGUUUUAUAUAUCUAAUUUUGUAACAUAUGCAGUUUUAGGAAGACCAUAACUGUUUUGUGGUAUUUAUCUAACUAUAAAUAGAAAUUCUUAGUUCCAAGAGCUUGUCUUAAGACAAAACAGCUUGUCAUUUAGUGAUACUUUCUUUAUUGUGUUUUUCAACGAGUUUUUCCUAAAGAUUCCGUUUUUUUUUUCUUUUUUGUGUCAAUUUUCUACCUUGAUCCAUACUUCAGGGUAUUUCCUGAUAGUAGUUUUAGUUUAUAUUAUUAGUGUGAUCAUCACAAGUCCAAAGGCUAAACUUUUUGUGUUAUUUGGGAGCUUACCAUCCAUUUUUCUAAGUCAUACACCAGUUACGGCAAAAGUGCUUACCACAAAUAGAGUAAGUAGAGUGUUUAGUUUUAAGUUAAUGAGCGUUUUCAAAUAUUUGUACCGCCUCUGCCCUGGACAGCAAAAAACUGCUGACUUUGCUUAGUGGCAAGCAAUUUACUCAUCAUACACACUACAGUUACGCUCAAAAGAUCUUGAUGGGCUAUAUGGUAUAUACUUAUGGUUACAGUCUACAAAAUAUUUGAAUUGUUUCAUGGAAUCUUGAAAUAUCACAAUGGCAUUAAUGGUUGAUUUAAACUAACAUUCUAACAUGGCUUUGUUUUUUAUUUCUGAUUGAAAGUUUUGAUAUGUUGAGGUACCAGAGUUUCUUAUAGCACGUUUUCAGUGGUAAUAUUCGCCAUCAUUGGUCUCCGUGAUAUUAUUUCCAACUCUUAAUUCUCGAUUGUCAACUUUAGUCAUUUGGUACAUGUGUAGUAUCCUACAAGUUUUUUGUUAUAUGUUGUCAUGUAGAUUUAUCGAUUUACAAUUAAACAUUUAAAGAUUUUAUUGAAUCUUAAAAGACUUAGCAAACAUUCUUUUCUUGUCAGAGGUUCCAUUCAGUAGGUCACGUAUUCAAACCUGGCUGGGCAUGGAAAUUCUUCUAUUAAAUAAUGAGAAAUUGGCGUGUUCAUCGGAUCGGUACUGGUCCUAGUUAUCGUAGGCGGUCGUAUAAGGGACUGUUCGUAUAACCAAUGAAGCCGGCUUUACCUAGUAACAAACAUGCACGCAUACACAGUAGCCCUUCUUUUUCUUCACGUGCCAUCUCCUCUAAGAAGGUUGGCAACCAUCAUGGCAAUUCGCACUUUCGACGCCGCUGCUCUAAAGAGGUCAGCAGAAGUGCAGUUAAACCAAGCUCUUAAAUUAUUCAACCAGGAGAUGCGUCUUAUUCUGCGACUCCUUCUACCCUGUAUUCUUCCUUGAAUUAUUAAUUGCAACAAGUUAUAACGCUCGCCCCUCGUAACAUGUCCCAGAUAUUGCAGUUUUCUGACUUUAACUGUAUUUAAGACCUCUUUAUCUUUGCCCAUUCUUCUCAACACCUCGACAUUUGUGACUCUAUCUACCCAACUUAUUCUUAAUAUCCUUCUGUAGGCCCAUAACUCGAAGCCUUCCAAUUUGUCCGAAACAUCUUUCUUUAAAGUCCAAGCCUCCAACCCAUAAAAUAAUACGGAGAACAUGUAGCAUCUCAGAAGUCUUAUCUUUAAAGAAAUUGAAAUGUCCCUGCUGCAGAGUACUUUUUUCAGUUUGUUGAAAGAAUUUCUUGCCUAUCCUAUUCUUGUUUUAAUCUCUUCUGUGUACUCAUUAUUUUCAUUAAUUAUUGUACCCAGAUAUUUAUAUUUUUCAACUUUUUUAAUUUGUUCUCCAUGUAUUGUUAUGCUUUCUUGGCGCUGUUGGGCUUUUGUAAUUACCAUAAAUUGUGUCUUUUUUGUGUUUAGGGACAGUCCGUUUUCUUCACUGACUUCUACCACUCUACUACUAUACUACAUUCUACCACUGAUUCUUAGGCAAAAUUAUAACCAUGAAUGGUUGAUUUAAACUAACCUUUUUUGUAGGGUUUUGUUUUUCUAUAUCUCGUUAAAACUCAGGCUGUCUUUAGUAUUUAUAUGUUAUAUCGGCAUUUAGUUUUUAUUAAUACGCUUACCUAUUUGCCAGCGUUGGUCUUCUUCUUUUUUAUUUUCGACUCGUGUUAUUUCUUUGUCAGCUUAAGUGUUAUGAUAUAUUUCGUGAUUUUUAUCCUUUAACUGUUUUAUAUAUACCUAUUUUAUAUAUGUAAGUUUAUUGAUUUAAUAUUAAAUAUUUUAAAUACGUGAUAUAAAAGAAUUUUAAUAUUUUAUUGAAUCCUAGAAGCCUUGAAAACACUUUUGUCUUGGGCACAAGUUCUAGUUUUGAGUGAAAAAAUUAGAUUAUUCAUCGGAAAAAACAAAAAGCUUAGGUUUUUUAAUUGUAAUAAUAUACAACAACUUUGAGUGGUAAUUUUUAUGAUUUUUUGUUAAUGGUAUCUUGUAAAUAAAUAUUGUAUUGUUGAUUGGAUAUUUAGAAAAUCCUAAUAUAUUUUUAUACCAGCGGUUUAGGUGUAAAAUACGUAUAUAAUGUGUGAGGGGUAAUAAUUAGCAUAAAAACGUUAAUAACUUAAAGAAAAAGUUUAAUUUUUUAUAUAGUUGUAUUUGCACUUUAUAAAAAAAAAUGUGUCGACCAAAACGUGCCAACUGGUUUUUAAAUACACUUUUUGCAAUAUUUCUUUU